UGCUGCUGCAGGGUGAGGAUUCCCGGCGAAGAUGGGGAGGAAAAAGAUCCAGAUCCAGCGGAUCACGGAUGAGCGCAACCGGCAGGUGACCUUCACCAAGCGCAAGUUCGGGCUGAUGAAGAAGGCGUACGAGCUGAGCGUGCUCUGCGACUGCGAGAUCGCCCUCAUCAUCUUCAACCACUCCAACAAGCUCUUCCAGUACGCCAGCACCGACAUGGACAAGGUGCUGCUCAAGUACACCGAGUACAACGAGCCCCACGAGAGUCGGACCAACGCGGACAUCAUCGAGACGUUAAGGAAAAAAGGGUUUAAUGGCUGUGACAGUCCCGAACCUGACGGCGAGGACUCUAUAGACCAGAGCCCCUUGAUGGAGGAUAAAUUCCGCAAAAGCAAUGAGGAUUUGGACAUCCUGUUCAAGCGCUACGGUUCCUCAGUGCCGGCGCCCAACUUCGCCAUGCCCGUGACGGUGCCUGUGAGCAGCCAGAGCUCGCUGCAGUUCAGCAACCCCGGCGGCUCCUUGGUGACACAGACGCUGGUGACAUCGUCGCUUACGGACCCCCGGCUCCUCUCGCCGCAGCAGCCCCCGCUGCAGAGGAACACGGUGUCCCCGGGGCUGCCGCAGCGGCCGGCGAGCGCAGGGGCGAUGCUCGGGGGAGACCUGACCAACACGAACGGAGCCUGUCCCAGCCCUGUGGGGAACGGCUACGUGAGCGCCCGGGCUUCUCCGGGCCUCCUUCCCGUGGCCAACGGCAACAGCCUGGGCAAGGUGAUCCCGGCGAAGUCGCCGCCGCCGCCGCCGGCCCCGCAGCUGGCGCCCGGCGGCCGCAAGCCGGACUUGCGCGUCAUCACCUCGCAGAGCGGCAAAGGGCUCCUGCACCACCUGGCGGAGGACCCCUUGGCUCUGCAGAACCCGCCGAGGUUGGGCGCCUCGCAAGCGAGCCACUCGCUCACCACGCCGGUUGUUUCUGUGGCUACUCCCAGCCUGCUGACACAGGGGCUGCCCUUCUCGGCCAUGCCCACGGCGUACAACACAGAUUACCAGCUGACGAGUGCUGAGCUGUCCUCGCUGCCUGCGUUCAGCUCGCCCAGCAGCCUGUCCCUUGGCAGCAUCUCCGCCUGGCAGCAGCAGCAGCAGCAGCAGCAGCAACAGCAGCAACAGCAGCAGCAACAGCAGCAGCAACAGCAGCAGCAGCAGCAGCAUCUCGUUCCUGUAUCCCUGGGCAACUUAAUCCAAGGGAGCCACCUGUCUCCAGCCACCACGCUGAGUGUCACCACCAACGCCAGCGUGAGCAUCAAGUCGGAGCCGGUGUCGCCGGGCCGGGAGCGCGGCGCGGGCACGCCGCUGGCCGCCUUCGCCGCGAGCCGCCACGAGCCGCCGGGCCGCUCGCCUGUCGACAGCCUCAGCAGCACGGCGAGCUCGUACGAGGGCAGCGAGCGGGACGAGGGCACGCGGGGCGACUUCGGUGCCACGCUGGGGCUGCUGCGCCCCGCGAGCGACGCCGACGCCGAGAGCCCCGCGGGGAAGCGGCUGCGGCUUGAUGCCUGGGUAACAUAACCGGGACUGCCCUCCUCCCGCCCUGCCCUUCUCCGUUGCAGUGGCGGGGAGCCCGGGGAUGGAGGCGGGAGGAUGAGGAUGGGGGCAAGAAAGGGAUGGAGGGGGAUGAGGGUAAACUGCCUGAGAAAUAGCUUUAGGGAUGGGGGAGUCGUAGGUUUUGGGGAGGGACCCUUCCCUCCAAAAAGGCAGCCCUAGGGAUGCUCAUCCCUGCAGGGGCUUUGCAGCGGCUGCUUUUCCCAAGGGACGUUGCCCCCCAUCCCAUUUCUGCAAAAUCCACCCGCCUCUGGCAAGCUGCGUGUCCCCAAGGGGGAUGUGCUGGUCCCAGUGGCCCAUCCAAGGUGAUCCCGCGCUGGGCGCCGGGUCCGCAGAGAGCUGGGAACCUGGGGGAGAUCGGCAGCGGGGAGGACAAAAUACAGUUAUUUGUUCUGGAACAAAAUUUAUAAAGAAAUCCCAAAUCUCACCUCAAAAUCUCGCAGCUCGUUCCCACUUGCUCUGCACAAGAGAAAGCUUUAAAUUAGGGGAAAAAAGGGAAAACGCAGUUGGGUUUCUCGUGCCAGGGCAGACGGGCGCUGGUGGCAGAGCAGGGACAACGUUGUGUCCCCAUCGCUUGUCCCCUGAAAUCACUGCAGCUCUGUGGAGUGAUGGAAGUGGGAAACAGCAGCUCUUCCUGCCCAAGCCUUGGCAGAUGCUGGGAUUUUGACAUCAUCUGCAGGAGCGGAUGCUGGAAGAGCUACAGAUGUGUUUGAGGAGGACAGAGGGGAAGAAAAGGGGGAAAAAUGGUGCAAUUCCCUAAGGGUUGAGGCUUUUAGUCUCUGACCUCACUCUUUUAAAGGAAUGUGAGUUCAGUUGAUCCUAACGGAAUCCUGAAGGUUUGGAUGCGCUUUAUGUAUGGGGUAUAUAUCCCGGUGUUUCUCCUUGGACUGUCCUCCUUGCCAGCCACUAUUUUGGCCACUCUGUCCCACUCUCCAGCCCACUUCUCCAUCCCUCCGUCCAUCCAGACCGCUGCCAGGAGAGGGGGUUUGCUCAGGAAUCUUGGGAAGGGUGGGAUGGAGCCGCGGGAUGCUCCGUCCCAGCGCCCGCUGCUGCCAAAUGACAGGAAACCUGCUCAGAUGCUCCCUGGUUUUGUUUCUUUUUCCCCACUUUGGGAAAAACCCAGAUGCAGUCCCGCGGUUGUCCACAAAAUGCAACCAAAUCCGUGGUUUUCUAAGCUCUCUUUAAGCCUUUUUAAAAAAAAAAAAGAAAAGAAAAAAAAUGCAAAAAUUGCCCUCUCCUCCGUCCCCUUCCCUGGGUUUUACUCAACACCGGGAUUGGGUGGCUUCAUCCAGCAGUGGAAUGCCAUCCAUCUGGGAUGAUGGAACACUGGGGAAUGGCUCCAGGAUGGCUCGCACCAGGAGCCACCAGCAUCCCGGCCAGGCUCCGACUUCUUUGCACGGCUUUGGAAAUUAGGUGGGAUUGAUGACAUCUUUCAUCGGUGUCACUUUGGGGUUGUUUUGGGAUUUUUUUUUUUUUUGCAUCACCAGCCUGCAACGAGGGGAAAGGAAAAGCAUGGAAAUCCCUCUGGAAUGUUUCCUCUCACGCGAGAAGAGCAGUGCAGAGAAAUCGUGGAAAAGGCGAGCGAGAUCUAAGGGAAGAGACAAAAAAAAGAGAAGAGAAAGGAAACAAACACACACAAAACCCAACCAUUUUCACUCAUGAAUCCACCCCUGAUUCCCACGGGAAGCCAGUGGGAUACAGCGCGGGACCCGGCUCCCACCAGCAGCAUUAACUUCAGCGGCGUCAUGAGUUGGGGCUCAAUUUGCAGGGGGAACUUAUAAUUUUGGGGAGAAAUUGGGGGUUAUUAUUAUUUUUUCCGUCUGGGUAAUUAUCCCUUAUUUCCCCAUGAACUGUCAAAUCCAGUAAAACCCCUCCUAAUUUUCAAAAGACAACGAGAAGAAUGACAAUCUUAAGCAACCAACACCCUCCUUUUGUGCUUCUAUAAAUAUGUUUCCGAUCUUAUAUAAUUUUAUUUCUUGUGCUCAUCUGUACUGUUGACAGUUACAAUUGUGUAUAAUUUUUUUUUAAUUUUGGAUUUUUUUUUUUUUGCGUUGUAUAGGGUUUAGUUUUAAAAUAUAUAUAUUUUUUCCAUUUUUUAAAAAGGGGUGUUGCAAAAACAAAAAAAAAAAUUGCACGGUUUAAAUGACAAUAGUUAAAAUGCUGCAGUUUUUAGAGAUGUGGAAGCAAAAUGGAGCUUAUUUAUUCUCAAAGGCUAUAAAGGUGUAAAAUGCAUGAAGAAAAAGAAAAAAAAUACAAAAAAAAAGACAAAAAAGUGUAACCUGAACAAAGUGUAGCGUUAAAAAUUUUUAAACGAUGCCAAAAAAAAAAAAAAAAAAGAAAAAAAAAAGAAAAACGGCUAAUAUAUUGUGUUUGGGCUAGUUUGCUUUUGUUUUUAAUUGUUCCUUUUUUGGAGAAUGAAAUACAAUUGUGUAUAUUUUCAUAUAAGAAGUAUGCACUGAUAUGUUUCAAAAAUGAUAUAUUACUUUCUAAAAGUGUGGUUACUUACCAAAGUCUGUUUCUGAUCUUUCACCUUCCUGAAGUCUCUGUGGAUCCUCGGAGUUGGCGGCCUCCAGGGCUGAAUGCAAACCCUGCUGCCGGCGUCAGUAGGUUUUUUGGGGAAAUUUUUUG